AUGGCUUCGCCUGCUAAUCCCACCGAGUCCUGGACUAAGGAAGAUGAAAGCGUGCGCACCGAAUCUACCUACGAAGACGGCCGCGAACAAGUGAGAAAUGCCAACGCUACCGGUCUCACGCGUAUCCAAUCCGGCGUCGAUGUCGAGCGCGCACAAUUGGAUUUUGCUGAGCUCAAUGAACAAUUUUCCAACAUCUCUCGACUCUCGAAGCGGGAAUCGCGAGCAUCAAAACGCGACCCGCUGCACGAUAUCGAAAAGACUGGAACCUCAUCCACAUCAAAUACCGAGCCGUGGGAUCUGGAAUCUGCUCUCCAUGGCUCCAAAGCUGCCGAAACAGAAGCUGGGAUCAAACCCAAACAUAUUGGUGUCAUUUGGGAGGGUCUCACGGUGCGAGGAUAUGGUGGAGUCAAGACCUUUGUACAGACGUUUCCAGAUGCCGUGAUUGGCUUUUUCAAUGUAUAUGGGACAAUCAAAAAUCUCUUGGGAUUGCAGAAACAUGGCGCCGAAAUCGACAUUCUUCACAAUUUCAGAGGCGUUCUCAAACCCGGAGAGAUGGUCUUGGUCCUAGGUCGGCCCGGUUCAGGUUGUACUACGUUCUUGAAAGUCAUUACGAACCAACGUUACGGAUAUACAUCAUUUGAGGGCAAAGUUACGUACGGACCGUUCGAUAGCGACACCUUUGCAAAAAGAUUUCGUGGUGAAGCUGUCUACAACCAAGAAGAUGACAUUCACCACCCGACCCUGACGGUCGGUCAGACACUUUCGUUCGCCCUCGACACCAAGACUCCAGGCAAAAGACCCACUGGCGUAUCGAAGCAGGAGUUCAAGGAAAAGGUCAUACAAACAUUAUUGAAGAUGUUUAACAUUGAGCAUACAAUCAACACAGUCGUCGGUAAUGCAUUCGUCCGAGGUGUCUCUGGAGGUGAGCGCAAACGAGUGAGUAUAGCAGAAAUGAUGGUUACUUCUGGCACUGUCUUGGCCUGGGACAAUACAACUCGAGGUUUGGACGCAUCUACUGCAUUGGAUUUCGCAAAAUCGCUCCGAAUCAUGACCAACAUAUACAAGACAACGACAUUUGUUUCCUUGUACCAGGCGUCGGAAAACAUCUAUGAGCAAUUUGAUAAAGUCAUGGUUAUCGAUGAAGGUCGUCAGGUGUUCUUUGGGCCUACUACUGAGGCAAGAGCCUAUUUUGAAGGACUUGGUUUCAUGCCGAAACCACGACAAACAACACCCGAUUACUUGACCGGUUGCACCGAUCCUUUCGAAAGGGAAUAUCAAGCGGGCCGUAGCUCCGAAGAUGUGCCGUCUACACCGGAAGAACUUGUCAAGGCUUUCGACGAGUCCAAAUACAGCACCGCACUUGACGAGGAAAUCGCCGCGUAUCGUACUCAAAUACAAGAAGAGAAGUACGUCUAUGAUGAAUUCGAGCUUGCCCACAGUGAAGCCAAACGCAGGCACACCCCCAAAUCUUCGGUUUACUCAAUUCCUUUCUAUCUACAGGUUUGGGCUUUGAUGAAACGCCAGUUUCUUGUGAAAUGGCAAGAUAAAUUCACUUUGACGGUCUCUUGGGCUACAUCUAUCAUUACUGCUAUUGUUUUGGGAACUGUUUGGUACAAAUUGCCAACUACCAGUUCAGGCGCCUUUACUCGUGGUGGUUUACUGUUCAUUUCCCUACUGUUCAACGCCUUCCAAGCCUUUGCAGAAUUAGGUUCGACCAUGCUUGGUCGUCCAAUCGUGAAUAAGCACAAAGCCUUUACAUUCCACCGCCCAAGUGCUCUAUGGAUUGCCCAAAUUUUGGUCGAUACUGCUUUCGCUACCGCGCAGAUAUUGGUUUUUAGCAUUAUCGUUUACUUCAUGUGUGGUCUAGUCCUUGAUGCUGGUGCUUUUUUCACCUUUGUCCUACUCAUCGUAUCCGGAUACCUCUGUAUGACUUUGUUCUUCCGAACAAUUGGUUGCCUGUGUCCUGAUUUCGACUAUGCAAUGAAAUUCGCUGCCACCAUUAUUACACUCUAUGUGCUUACUGCUGGUUAUCUUAUUCAGUAUCAAAGUGAGCAAGUCUGGUUGCGAUGGAUUUUCUAUAUCAAUGCGCUUGGCUUGGGAUUUUCAGCUUUGAUGGUGAACGAGUUCAAACGGCUCACCUUGACCUGUUCCGAGUCCUCCUUGGUGCCUCCAUAUGGUGACGUUACUCACCAAACAUGUACUCUUCAAGGAAGUUCUCCCGGCUCAAAUAUCAUUCCAGGCUCCGCCUACCUCAGCGCUGGUUUCAGUUACGAAAACGGCGAUCUCUGGCGUAACUUUGGAAUUAUCAUGGCUUUGAUUGCUUUUUUCUUGUUUACUAAUACUUAUUUGGGAGAAUCCAUCAACUGGGGAGCUGGUGGUAGAACCAUCACCUUCUAUCAGAAAGAGAACGCUGAACGGAAGAAACUGAACGAGGAAUUGAUGAUCAAGAAGCAAAAGCGUCAGAAUAAGGAAGCCGACGAUUCUUCCUCGAAUCUGAAUAUUACCUCAAAGGCAGUGCUUACCUGGGAGGAUGUCAAUUACGAUGUUCCUGUACCGUCUGGCACUCGUCGAUUGUUGAACUCGGUUUAUGGCUAUGUCCAGCCUGGCAAACUUACUGCUUUGAUGGGAGCAUCUGGAGCUGGCAAGACAACAUUGCUAGACGUAUUGGCAGCUCGAAAGAGUAUUGGAGUCAUCUCGGGAGAUAUUCUAGUCGACGGUCACAAACCUGGUCCAUCAUUCCAGCGUGGUACUUCAUACGCCGAGCAGCUAGAUGUGCACGAGUCUACCCAGACGGUACGUGAAGCGUUACGCUUCUCUGCUGAACUUCGCCAACCCUUUGAUGUGCCAUUAGCUGAGAAGCAUGCCUACGUCGAAGAGAUUCUAUCUCUCCUGGAAUUGGAAAAACUGGCAGAUGCAGUGAUUGGAUUCCCAGAAUUUGGGUUGUCUGUUGAAGAACGUAAACGAGUGACCAUUGGCGUGGAACUCGCUGCCAAGCCCGAGCUUUUGUUGUUUUUGGACGAGCCCACGUCAGGUCUUGACAGUCAAUCUGCUUUUAAUAUUGUUCGUUUCCUGCGAAAGUUGGCCGCAGCCGGUCAAGCAAUUCUAUGCACGAUUCAUCAACCUAACUCCGCCUUGUUCUCAAGCUUUGACCGACUGCUCUUACUACAGAAAGGUGGCAAUUGCGUUUACUUUGGUGACAUUGGAAAUGAUAGUCAUGUUCUGCUUGAUUACUUCCGAAGCAAUGGAGCCGAAUGUCCUCCCAACGCAAAUCCCGCUGAGUGGAUGCUUGAUGCUAUAGGUGCUGGUCAAACUCCUCGUAUUGGAGAUCGUGAUUGGGGCGAUAUUUGGCGUGAAUCGCCAGAAAUGUCUCAAAUCAAGGAAGACAUCACGAAAAUGAAAACUGAACGCGCCGCACAAAACAAGCAGGAUGAGAGCUCUGCGCCUCAAGAAGUCGAAUACGCAACACCUACUUGGUACCAGAUCAAGACUGUUGUUCGACGAACGAACUUGGCUUUCUGGCGAUCACCAAACUACGGAUUUACCAGGUUAUUCGUACACGCAAUCAUUGCACUUCUCACCGGUCUGAUGUUCCUUCAACUAGAUGAUUCACGAACUUCUCUUCAAUACCGUGUUUUUGUUUUGUUCCAGAUUACCGUCAUUCCAGCCAUCAUCAUCCAACAGGUGGAGCCUAAGUAUGAUAUGUCACGUUUGGUCUCCUACCGAGAAGCUGCAUCCAAAACUUAUAAAUCAAUUGCUUUUGCAGUUGCCAUGGUUGUGGCUGAGGUUCCUUACAGCUUGCUCUGCACUGUUGUCUUCUUCCUGCCAAUCUAUUAUAUCCCAGGUUUCCAAAGUGCUUCAGACCGUGCCGGAUAUCAGUUCUUCAUGGUUCUCAUCACCGAGUUUUUCUCGGUCACACUGGGUCAAAUGGUUGCUGCAAUUACGCCAAGCUCAUACAUCUCCGCGCAACUCAAUCCUCCACUUAUUAUUACUUUUGCGCUAUUCUGUGGUGUCGCAGUCCCUAAACCUCAGAUUCCCAAGUUUUGGAGAGCGUGGUUGUACCAGCUUGACCCCUUCACGAGACUUAUUGGUGGUAUGUUGGUGACGGAACUACACGAUCGUCCAGUCAUCUGCAAAAGCUCAGAACUAAACACCUUUUCUGCGCCUGACGGUCAGACUUGUGGUGAUUACAUGGCCCCCUAUUUUGCAGCUGGGGCUCCAGGCUAUCUUGUUGACAAUGCGACAAGCGCCUGCCAGUAUUGUGCUUACAAGGUCGGAGAUCAGUUUUAUUCUGCUUUUGACUUGAGCUAUGAUAACCGCUGGAGAGAUUUGGGUAUCUUCCUUUGCUUCAUUGUCAGCAAUAUCAUCAUUAUUUUCCUUGGAGCACGAUACCUGAACUUCAACAAGCGUUAA